AUGGCGUGUAACAGAAUGCGACAGAGAAGUUUAGCCAUACUGUGCCAGAUUCUUGUGCUGUCCGUGAUAGACUAUGGAUUCGGUCUCCUCGCCUUGUCAACGUCUGAACUGAGACGCUUUGAAAGAAUUCAGAACGAAGGCCUUGCUGUAUCCGACCUGUGCUCAUUACUGCUCAUGUUGUGGUGCAGUCUUAAUUACAACCCGCUUAUUGACAACUUUGGCCUGCCUGUUGUGCAUUUCAAGUUCAUAUCCAUGACUGGUGGCUGGCCACGCACUUGCUUCGUCAGGAUCACUGGCUGCAUUACCGCUUUCAUCGCGUUCGAAAGAUGCCUGUGUAUCGCCUUACCUCUGAAGACCAAGAGGAUUCUGACUCCACGAAGAACAAAGAUCACAAUUGUCUCUAUCUUUAUCCUCAUGAUUUGUGUCUUUUCCCCUUUCUACUACUCGAACAGACUAUCCUGGUUACAGGAUCCAGCCACAAACACCUCAGUACUGUCAAUAACUGUUGCUGAAGAAAGAGACAUUGUGGAUUCCGUUGUGUUUAUGAUCCAGGGCGUAAUAAUUAACACGUUUACCUUCAUCACUGUCAUCUGUUGCACCAUCGUUCUCGUUACUAAAUUGAACAGUAAGACAAAAUGGCGUCAAGCCACGGCCAGCAAAGGAGUUGGUGGAAAAGAGGAAUUUGGGGUCAAGGAAAAAAAGGUUGUGAAAACAGUCAUCUUCAUCUCUACUAUCUUUAUAGUUUGUUUCAUGCCAGGGGCGGUGACUUUUCUUGCUAUGUCUCUGGAACCAGAAUUCCAAGCCGGAGGAAAAUUUGAAAACUUGUGUAUUGCCGCCGGCUCACUUGUGUUCACAAUGGAAUCGAUCAACUCAAGUGUUAACAUUUUUGUAUAUCUGAACAUGAGCUCAAAGUACAGAGAAAUGUUUAUGAAACUCUUCAGAAGGUAG